AUGAGUGUGCUUGGAGCAGCUGUUACCAAGGAAGCUCCUUUGACAAGUAUUCAAAUGCUGUGGGUGAAUCUAAUCAUGGACACUUUUGCAUCAUUAGCAUUGGCAACUGAACCACCCAGUGAUAGACUAUUAAAUAGGAAACCUUAUGGUAAAAGAGAGAGCAUUGUCAAUUCAAUUAUGUACAGAACAGUUAUUGGAGCCAGUAUAUAUUAGAUUGCUAUUUUGUGUCUAAUCUUGUUUAUUCCAAAUAGAGUAUUUGAGUUUGAUGACUCCUUGGAUGAGGAAUAUGAAGGCAGACCAAUAUAAAGAUUAACAAUGUUCUUUUAAACAUUUGUUUUAAUGUAAAUUUGCAAUUCGAUCAGUUGCAGAAAAUUAGAUGAAGUAUCUCUUAAUCCUUUUAGUGGAUUAUUCAACAAUUCCUUAUUUUGGUUGAUAAAUUUAAUUGAAGUAGGAGUGCAAUAUCUACUGAUUCUAUUUGGAGAUAAAUUUGCAGUUGUCUGUGAAUUAACUGUGUGGUAACAUAUAUUCUGUUGGAUAUUUGCAUUGGGUGGCAUGAUUGUAGCAAUAUUUGUAAGGACUCUUCCUUCGAAAUGGUUUAAUGGCAUCAAUAUCUUUGCUGAGGAAGGCAUUGAAGAGGAGAAUUUAGAUGAAACAAUUGCCAGUAAAUUACGUCGUAAGAGUAGUAUCAGAAUUGGAUCAGUGUAUGAUGAGAACCAUGAGAAUAAAAGAUCAGUAUAAAAGAGAUUGUCAGUCUUUAAAGAAUGA